AUGUUGCGUAAGAGCAAUGCAAACCUAACACCCAAAGAAAAUACCCCCACUGUUGCUUGCCGUACAGAGACGAUGGGUGAUGGAGAGAGUAAUACCAUCAUGAACUUGAUCUUCUUUGAUCUUCUGUGCAACGAACCGAUGCAAUCAUCGCUGAAACUCACCACAUACACUGCGAAUGCUCCGAGGAUAUAUGGAUUACCAAAAGUCCAUAAGCCGGGAGUUCCUCUUCGGCCCGUGGUAUCUGAUAUUGGUGGCCCCACGUGUGAAUUGGCUAGAUUCUUGGCAUCCACCUUGUCCCCUCUCGGAAGAUGUCGGUAUAACGUGAGUAAUUCCCUGGAGGUUUCACGGAUGGUCACAGGGAGAAUCCUCCCGGAGGGGCAUAUCUUGGCUAGUCUAGAUGUUGUCUCUCUGUUUACUAACGUACCGAUCGGGAUGCUUCGUGUGGAAGUUGAGAGGAGAUACGUCGAGAUUGAGGAGAGUACCACGCUAGAGAAAAGUGAUGUCAUGAAGAUCCUGGACUUCUGUAUAGAUGCUGGUUAUUUCGUCUUUGAUGGAAGAAUCUUCAGGCAAUUGGAUGGAGUAGCUAUGGGCUCUCCCCUGGGACCCAUUGCUGCUGAUAUCAUUAUGCAGAAAGUCUUGAAUGACGUUCUUGAGAUGUCUCCACUAAGGAUUGACUUUGUCAUCAAAUACGUGGACGAUUUACUCAUUGCGGUGCAUUCUGAAGACAAGCAUCUCCUCACCGAGGCGUUUGGGAGCAUCCAUGACAGGAUAAAGUUCACGAUAGAGCUGGAACAAGAGGGAAAAUUGCCAUAUUUAGAUCUCAACAUUCACAGAGAUAGAGAAAACAAACUCAGUACUUCAUGGUACACAAAACCCAGCUCAUCUCAGAGAUUACUCAAUUACAAUAGUAGACAUCCUCGUUAUACCAUCGUUAACGUUGCCCGGAACCUUAUUAGGAGAUCCAGAAUGCUCACCACCAAUCCGCAUGAGAAUGCUGAUAAUCAAGUGGCGAAUAUCCUCCGCAAAAACGAUUUCCCGGAGGGCGUGAUUGAGAGAUUGAUGAGACAAAGGGGGCGACCGGAUACUCGUGGUACUGUUGCGCUGGCUGACCAGAUGGAGUUCGUUCACACUCUUACCUACAUCAGGGGAGUCUCUGAGAAACUUCAGCGAAAGAUCAUGCGUGCCACAGGGAUAAGGGUUGCAUUCAAGCCCCCACGAAAAGUCGCAGAAUUCUUCUCCCACGUAAAGGAGCCGGUUCCAAUGGACAGGAGGUGCGAUGUGGUGUACAGUAUUCCUUGUAAGGAUUGCCAGAAACGGUACAUUGGGACUACGUCCCAGAUGUUGAAAAAUCGGCUCAGUGGACACAAAAGUGAUGUGGGUCCUCCCAUGAGAAACUCCAGGGUAUCCUCACUGUGCAUCCAUGUGGCUGCUACUGGACAUGAAUUUGACCUAAAAGCAACAAAGAUCAUUGAUCAACACAGGAAUCACAGGAAAAGAUUGAUUUUGGAGGCAGCUCACAUCAAGAAGAAUCUCUCCCGGAUUGUAAACAGACGUGAGGAAUGCGCGGAUAUAAACAUUGCUUAUGCAGCAUUGCUGCAUGAAACAUGAAGGAAACCGCUAUGCCACUAUGCCACAUAUGUGUUAUCUCAAUGUUUCUGGGAUAGUCCCCUCCCCUACAUUUUAAAUAAUUAAUUCAGUUAUGCCUCAGAUAGUUGCAAAGAAGAGUCAGUUAUAGAUAAGUGAAAGAAAAUUGUUGAAAAAAGAGAAUUCUCCUGCAUAAAAAUCCACAUGAUCACCAAUAUCAGACGAUUGACGAUUCCCAAACAAAGACACAAUUGACCACUGAGGAAGACGCACAGAAGCGUCGAAAGCUUUGGCCCUAAAAUUGAAAGGAUGUGUUUGGGUUGACCUACCGUCCCUUGGCUGACGCAAUCGGAAGGAAUUUUCCUAAAACACCAAAAAACUUAAAACAUCCCGUCAGUUUCCACUG